AUGCCUCGCCUCGACGAUAGCACCGAAGCUCUUCUGCGCGCCGGCCAAACCGCCCAGAAUUCCGUCAAACGCGUGUGGGAUGGUUUUCUGAAUUUUGCCGUGCGCGACAACGUCCUUGAAGUCGCACUGGGUUUGAUUAUCGCUCAAGCAUUCACCAAAGUGGUCACCUCAUUCGUCUCCGACAUCAUCCUCCCUAUUGUAUCGCUUCUGCCAUUCUUGAAUCGCAACCUGGACGAGAAGUUCGCUGUGCUUCGACGAGGACCGCAUUACAUCAAGGAAAAGGGGUAUAAUACCCUCGAGCAGGCGAGAGAUGACGGCGCUUUGGUCCUGGCAUAUGGUGCCUUUCUUGAAACGGUGAUCAGCUUUCUUGGUGUCAGUCUGACGCUGUACGCGGUCGGGCAUCUGUACAUGUGGAUUUCGCACGAUCGGGUCAUCAAACCGACGGUGCGCUGCAAAUACUGUCGCAAGUAUAUCAGUCAGAAGAGUCUAAUGUAUAAGGCUCUGCGUUGUGUGAAUUGUUCGAGCUGGCAGGAUGGGCGGGAGGAUCUGCCUGAGCAGACUCAGACAACGCAUAGCAGUUAG